CACAAAUCCACGUAAACUAAUGAUUUAAUAAGAAUGAUACCAAAAUUAAAAAUUUCUUCUUUUUUACUAAAGCGGCUAGAAAAAGUAAAGCAACAAUGUAGUGGAUGUCUUUUUGGGGUAUUCUAUGGAGAUGGAAUAUUACUUCUUUUAGGAUUCAAUUUGGAAAGUACAAUUGGUCAAUUAAAUUACAAAAACAUUCAGUACAGAUUUCCUGCCGAAAUAGAUCUUUGUGGAUUAGUAAAAUUUGGUGAUUGUACCGAUAAUGAGUGCCACUUAAAAGAAAUAAUGCAAGAUGUUGAUAUAACAGACAACCCCAUAUUAUUGAAUUGUAAGAUAGAAACACUUGUAGAACUGAAAGCUUCAAUAUUUAUGCAUGGGAAAUUGCUUGAUAUUCCUUAUGAAGUUAUGACUGAAGAAGAAUUGUAUAGCAAUUUUUGUUUCACGAGACUAAAAUUUAACAUCAAAUUGUAUACUCUUGAAAAAGAAGAAUCAAUAAAGAAGGAUAUCCAAGAUUUAAGAAAAAAUGUAGCUUCAGGACGAUUAGCUUUUCAUGUGAAAAAUUCAAAUAUAUUUUUAACAGCUGGAGAAAAUGGUAGAUCAGCCAACCAAACGGCACCUUCAGAAACAAAAAUUGCUGAUGUUUUAAAUUUUAUUAAUUCACAAAAAGAAACUGUCAAAUUAGAAGAAAGUGUAAAAAAAACGACCAGAAAGAAAAAUGUUCAGGAUAAAGAAAACAGAAAUGAAUACGAAAUAAUAAAUAUUGAGGUACUUAAAAAUAGGACAAGAGAGCCGAAUUCGGAGAAAGUAACGGAUGCACUUCCUUCUAUGGCAAUGCGAAUUUACAGAGAAGAAAAAAAACUUGUCAUACCUCUUGAAGUUGAUGCAAUGGCAAUUUUGUUUAUGGAAACUAAGCUCUUAGGCUUGUAUGAUAUUCUAAUUGAAAGUAUUUGUCGGUCUUUACGUCUUGUAGAAAAUUCUAUAGUAGAACGUUUAAUUGAUAUUAAGGAAAAUAAAGAAAAGAUUGAAGGUAGUUCGGAAAUUGAAGAAAUUGAAGAAACCAACGAAACUAAAAUUAGUAAACCCGAAAUAUACCAUUUUUCUCCAAACAAUUUUGGUCAUUUCAUAACCGCAGUCUACCUCAAAGAUUUAGGUGAUAAUUUACCUUUAAUGCAACAAAAAAGAAAAAAGUUUCAUCAUUUACUUGGUUUGCCUCAAACAAGACCAUAUUUUAGAAGAGGAAAUCGAUAUGUAUUUAAAGAUGAUUUACCGUCAAGUCCAUUAAUAGAUACACAUUUAGGUUUAAAACCGUCUGGUGUUAAAAAUGGUCGACAGUAUAUAGUGCAGUUACAUUAUAGUUAUUAUCAUUACAUGCAACAAAAUUUUGAUGAUAACGGUUGGGGUUGUGCAUAUCGUUCUCUACAAACAUUAUGUUCAUGGUUUAGAUGGCAUGGUUACUCAAAUGAGGAAAUCCCAAGUCACGAAAAAGUACAGCAAUAUUUAUAUAGUAUUGGUGAUAAACCAAAAUCUUUUGUCGGUUCAAAACAAUGGAUUGGCUCCACGGAGGUUUCAAUGUGCCUGCAAGGUUUUUUGGGUGUAGAUUCAAAAAUUUUACAUUGUAGCUCUGGGGGAGAUUUGGCUCACAAGGGGUUCGAUUUGGCUAUGCAUUUUGAAUCUCAAGGAACACCAAUUAUGAUUGGGGGUGGUGUUCUUGCGCAUACUAUAAUUGGCAUAGAUUUUAAUGAGGAAAGUAAAGAAAUAAAAUUUUUAAUACUUGAUCCACAUUAUACUGGUGAAGAUGAUAUAAAAAUUAUUCAAAAUAAAGGUUGGUGCGGUUGGAAGGGCGCGGAUUUUUGGGAUAAAAAAUCGUAUUACAAUUUAUGUAUGCCACAAAGACCAAUUGUUUAUUAAUUUUUUACAUAAAUCGUUUUAGUUUUUUUAUAUUUGGUGUUUUUGCAUGCCUAUUGUUUUUUAAAUUAUUUUUAAUUGUUUUAGAAGGUAUGAAAUUAUGUACAUUGUAUCAAUAAAAGUUUAAAGAUUUAAGCUUUUGUAAAAUGUUUCUUUUUUAUAUUA